CAGUUAUUUACCUUUUUACACAGUUUUGCAUGUUCUCUUUCCUCUGCCUCUCCCCCAAUGCUGCCCGCAUUGUAAUAUCAGUCUAAUUUGCAUCUGUGAGGAUUCUAGCACUUUUUCGAAGUGAUCAGUUUCCUCUGGGUGGAGACAACUGAGGUAUGUGCAUCUGUGUGUGAAUCAGAGGGUGUCUCCAACACAAAGAGCAACAGCAAAAGACAGAACUGGAGAGAUGAGACCGUUGGGAAUGAAAAGAAAAAGAAGAAUCGCACAAGAGGAUUUAAUGAACAAAUGAAUUUUUCCGUUUAACCAACAGCCUGAUUUUCACAAGAUCAAGAAGUCACAUCUGCUCCCAUUGAAUCUAUUUACUCAAGUCAUUUGUCAGUUGCAGACAUUGAGCUGUUUUUGAUGUAUGGGGCGAUAUACUGGUAACAGUGCCCUCUGACAUUCAACAUGGUUUCAAACUCCAGUGUCUCUGAGGAGCCCUUCUGCCCACUGCUCCAACUGAUGAGAGAAGACAACUCCAACAACAACACACGGGUCAAUCUGGUUGUUGUUUGCAUCCAUGGCAUUUUCUCCUGUCUGGGGAUUUUAGAAAAUGCCCUGAUCAUUUGGGUUUUGGGUUUUCGCCUCAGGCGUCGGACCGUGGCUUCCGUCUGGAUGCUCAACCUGGCCAUGUCUGAUUUCCUGGCCACCCUGACUCUCCCACUCUUCACCUUCUACCUUAACUCCCGCCACAGCUGGGAGAUUGGACUUCCACUCUGUAUAGCGCAAUCUUCCAUCUUUUUCCUCAACAUGUUUGUUUCAGCCUUUUUGCUGGCAGCCAUUUCCCUGGACCGCCUGCUCCUUGUGGCCAAGCCAGUGUGGAGUCAGAAUCACAGGUCGGUGGCAGGAGCUUGGAAGGUGUGUGCAUUGGGCUGGCUGUGGGCAGCAUUAAAUACUCUGCCUUACUCUGUGUUUCGUUCAGUGAUUCCGAAGACUGAUGGGAGAAAUUUAUGCUAUCAUAAUUUUGCUUUGUUUUUAUCCACUGAAGACUCAUUGGAGACAGACUGCAAAGUGAGGCAGGAGGCAACAGCUAUUUCCAAGUUACUGUUAGCAUUCCUGCUCCCUCUAGUGGUGAUUGUAGGGAGCUACAUCAAGAUAGCACUCAGGCUCAGAAGCAGAGAAAGGAGACGAAAGCAAAGUACCUGCAGACUGACUGAUACAGUGACUUUGCCAGCCUGCGAUGGACAUCCACAAAUGUUUAAAACCAACGGCAUCAAACCUUUGAACACUGGUUUAACAUUUAAGUCAAAUUUAAACAGCUUGUCCCCUGUCAUCCCCAGUCCAUCAUUUCAGAGCCAGCUUUCUCCGAGUUUUACAAAAAUGGUAACGUCUGUGAUUGCAGUGUUUGGACUGUGCUGGGCUCCAUAUCACAUCUUUUGUAUCUUAGAACUGAAAGCCCAGGAAAACAUAAAAAUUCUCAAACUGGUUGAAAUUGGCCUUCCCCUGACAGCAACGUUAGCAUUUUUGAAUCCAGUUUUGAACCCUGUUCUGUAUGUCUUCAGCUGCCCCCACUUUUGUGUGAGAAUAAGACAGAGUCUGGGGGCGGUGUUUGAUGGACUUGUGGAGGAGGGAGGGGGGUUACUGAUGGCUCCAGCCAAGAGCUUGCGAGCUCACAUCAGGAGGAGGAGUAGUCGAGAUGUGAGCUUUGCAACACCGGGGUCACCAAAGUCUUCAACUCCUUCCAGUCACUCUCCCGGCGCCCAGCCGUUCCUGCCAUUAAAUCUGCUGUCUCAAGGCCUUAGAGACAGGCAAACAGAACAAGAGUUGAAAAACGGUGCAUCACAGGGUUCUUUCUAAAUUGUAUUUAAUUAUGUGCAUAAUCCCAUGACUCUCAUUAAGGCUGAAUUCUGUUUUGCCCAUUGGCUUUUGUAUUUACCUCUCAAGUAGGUGUAAGUUAUCUUAGAGGUAUAGUGUAGGAUGUUCUUUUUCCAGGUGGAUCAUCAAAAUAAGUGGUCCU